AUGAUGCCAUCAAAUAUUAUCAUUUUACAAUUCUCUAUUACUUUUCUUCUCAUGAUGACAUUUUCAUCAACAACUAUUAUACCUCAAACAACAGAAAUGUUAUCGGAAACUUCCCAGUCCUAUCAUGAUGAGCAUAAACCAACUGCUGAUAUUGAAAAUUAUCAUCAUAAACUUCAUGGUGUUCCAAUAGCUUCAAAACAUAUUGCUUAUACAAAUGAUGAUAGUCCAAGUGAAGAAGAAUAUGACAUUGAUUAUCUUCCAAUUUAUCAUUAUGAAGCAUUUCAACAUGAAUUAAACAACAACAACAAACGAGAAACAGAUGAAGGUACUGGUGGUGAAAAUCGUGCAUGGGCAAUACCAUAUCGAUUUGGUAAACGAGCUGCUAUGCCCUAUCGAUUCGGUAAACGAGCUGCUAUGCCAUAUCGAUUUGGUAAACGUGCUGGCAUGCAUUUUCGACUUGGAAAGAAAAGUGCCUCAUUGUAA